AUGCCGCGGGGCUGCGCGCCGGACCCCUUCGCUCGGAAGACUCCUAGGGACCCGAUGCCUCCAGGUCUGUCUACGCGGGUCCCCCACGAACCGGUUCCCCCAGGACCCCGAGAAGGGAGUCGCCUGACAUGGGACCCCCAACACGCGCUGGGUCCCCAGCGAAGGGACCCUCGGAGACAGGGUCCCCAGAACCAGGUGGAAGAGCUCGCCGGCCUCCACCGGAGGAGGUGCCUCGCACCGCCAGCCAGUGAGUCCCAGAGCCGGGACCCCCGCCCCAUGACGCGUCCUCCCCGCGCCCGCCCGCCCGCCAGGUCGGCCCCGCACCGUGCUCCCCGCCGCCGAUCGCCCGAACGAGCUCCAGGAACGCAGACCUCACCGCCGCAGGCCGCCGCGGCCGCCUCACGGGCCGCAAUGCUGGCAGCUUGCUCUGGGGGCCGCCAUCUUGUGGCCCACGUGACCGGACGGACCGCACCACCGCCGCGCCGGAAAGGCGAGGGCGCCGCGCAAGGCUCCGCGGGAGAGGACGCCCGGAGGCGCGAGUGGGCACCGGCGCCGUGGCUCACACUUCCUCACCAGGGAGCACAUAAGCGUAUUCCUCAGGGAAGGCGGAGCGCAACGCCACCCUGUCCCCGGAAGACAGUCUCUGGAGCCUCCUCACCAGACACAACUGAAAAUGAUAGGGCUAGAGGCCUGAUGCAUGAAGAUUUGUGCAAGAAUGAGCCUUCCUUCCCCUGGCUGCCGGCACCGCCUUCGCUCCAGCCUGGAGCCGUCUUUCUGCCUUUGUUCCAGCUCAGAGCUGCCUUUCUGCCUUCCCACGCUGCCCAGAGGCCUGGAGCGGCUGGGGCAGUGCGGAACACCUGUGUUUUAGCCAUGGUGAUGACACAAGCAUCCUGCCCCGCCCCCGGCCGCUCAGGGCCUGUGUAUGCAAAUUAGCCCACCAUCUUUGUUGGGUUAAUUUGCAUACUCCGGAUUGGCUGGUGUGUGUCGUGAUGGUAUGGUCUAUUUGCAUUUUUCUCUUUUAUUAGUAUGGAUAGAUAGAAGAUUUCAUUUAACCCCUGGGUGCUGCGAACAAGGCAACCUGCAGGCUUUACCCUUGAGAAGCCACUGGUCUUGUCAUAAUCUGGGAUACACAUACCCUGACUCAGGUGUUAGGAGCAUCGUUCAGGCCCUCGCAAGGUGGCUUGGUUAGUUGGAGUAUCCUCCCUACACCAAAAAAGGGGUGUGUACAGAGGCAGACGAUCCAUGUCUCUCUCCCCCUUCCUCUCUCUCAAGCAUAUCCUCGGGUGAGGGUUUUUUUUUAGAAGAGGGUCAUUCAGGCUCGUGUGUGAAAAAAACAGACACUGGGAUUCUGGAUUAAUUUUGAAGGUGGAGCAAACAGGAUUUGCAGGUGGAUUGGAUAUGAAAUUUAGGAGAAAGGGUCUUAUUCUGUCAAGUACAAGUACAAGGAUGUUGACUUGAGUACUGGGGAGACAGCACCAUUAGCUUCCCCAUCCCAUCCACCCACAGUCCUGUUGACUCUACCUCUGAAAUAGAGUCUGAAUCUAGUCACUCAUCUUUAUCACCCCAUAUCGGUCCAAGCUGCCACAGGCUAUCACUAGGAUGCUGUUCACACAAGGAGAAAAGAGUUUUUAAGUGACUGUGUCAAACCAGUAUGGUGGUUCCUCAAAAAGUUAACAUAGAGUUACCAUAGGUCUACACCCAAGAGAAACGAAAGCAGGGACCCUAACAAUUGUAUACCCAUGUUCAUAGCAGCAUUAUUCACAGUGGCCUCGGGCCCUAUUACCUAUUAACCUCUAUUAUAUUUUUUUUGUUUCUGUGAAUUUGACACCCCUAGGGAUCUCAUAAAGUGGAAUCAUGCAAUAUUUGUCCUUUUGUGUCUGGCUUAUUUCACUGAGCACAAUGUCCACAAGGUUCAUCCACAUGGUAACAUUUGCCAGAAUUCCCUUCCCUUUUCAAGGCUGAAUAAUAUUCCAUUGUACUGGAUAGAGCACAUUUUGUUUAUCUCUUCAUCUAUGGAUAGACACAGGUUGUUCCCGCCUUUUGGCUAUUAUGAAUCAUGCUUCGGUGGACAUGGGUAUGCAAAUACCUAGGCGUGUAACUAUUGGGUCAUAUGGUAACUCUAUGUUUAACUUUUUGAGAAACCGCCAAACUCUUUCACAGCAGCUACCAACAGUGCACAAAGGUUCCAAUUUGUCCACAUUCUCACCAACACUUGUCAUUUUCCAAUUUUUGAUAGUCAUCCUAAUAAGUGUGAUUUUUCUGUUGAGAUGCAUUAAAAAAUUUGACAUAUUUAUGGAUAGAUAUAUAAUAGAGCAAAUAUAGAAAAUGGCAAUUGGAGAAAAUGGACUGUGGGCAAAUGACAAUUCACUGUAAAAUUCUUUCAACUUUCCUAUGCAUUUGAAAGUUUUCAUAAUAAACCUUUAGAAAAAUUGGCGGGGGAGGAAGGAGGGCUACUUCUUUUUUUAGUGUUUGAACAUCUCAAGCUUAAACAUUUGAAAUGUUUUAACUUUUAAAUGCAAAACCUUUGAGUCUACAAAUCCAUUUUGACGAACUUAAGAGAGCAGUGUUCUUUUUAUUUUUAGCACAUGUGCUAACAAGUCGAGCACUACAGCAGUGUUUCUUAAAAAGUAAAAAGGCUCUUCUUGCUCCGAGUGCCUCUUGGACGGUACACAGAGAUAGUGGGGUGAUCCGAGGUGCCAGCCGCAGGCUCUCCGCAUGCCUCCUCGCCAUGCCUGGCAAAACUGAGGAAAUCAAGGACUACCUGCUCACAGCCAGCCAGGCGCACGGAGGACAGAGCUGCCAAGAUCAAGAAAAAUAAGGAUAAUGUGACGUUUGAAGCCUGAUGCAGCAGAUACCUGUCUAUCUUGGUCUACACAAAGAGAAGGCAGAGAAACUGAAGCAGUCCCUGCCCCCAGGUUUGGUAGUGAAGGAGCUGAAAUGGACCAGACACACAGAUCUGAACUGUAUUAAAAUGUUACAAAUUCAAAAAUUUUUAAAUUUAAAAAAUGAAAAUGAAGCACUUGUUGCAACAUUAUUUGAAAUAGCAAAGAAAAGGGGAUGGGGUGAGCAAAAAUCCUAACAGCCCGGCCUCUGCCUCCAUGAGGUCCAGUCCUCCAUCAUCACUUGCCUGAACCAGCGCAAGUGCCCUCCACCCUAGAUCCUGCCCCACCCCCACCCCCACCCUCUUCUCCUACAGUCUGUACCUUCCGAAGCAGCCACAACAGGGCGCCUGUGAGCACCCAAGUGAGGUCUCGUCUCUGCUCUGUCCACAGCCCUCUAGGGCUCCCACCUCCUUUGGGGUAUAAGCCUAAGUCCCCUCAGAGGCCCACAAGACCCUGCACUACCUGCCCCUGUCCACUCUCUGCUCUCACCUCCCCCUUCUUUCUCCCUUGCUCCCUCUGCCCCAGCCACAGGAACCUCCUGCUGUGCUUCCUUUGCACAUGCUGUUCACUCCACCUGAACCGUCUUCCCUCCAAAUACUUCUGUUCCCUCCCUCGCCUAAACGUUUGCCCCUUGGCUCAAAUGUGACCUCCUCAGUGACGCCUUCCCUGAACGCUUUAAUUCAAAUCAUAGCCUCAUUCCCAGCAUUCCUUUGUCCCGUUCCCUGCUUGAUGUUCCCCCAUGGCCUCUAUAUUUUACUAUAUGACUUUCUAAUUAUUUUGGUUACUAUCUGUCUUCCCCACUAGAAUGUAAUUACCAUGAGAGCAGGGAUUUUUGUCUGAUCUGAUGCAGUCUGGCUGGAAAAUAAUAGAUCCCUGUUUUGUAGUGGUUGGCAGUUCCUUUGGUGGAAAUAGUCCCACCGUGGUCCACUCAUUAAUUCCUGAUGUCGAGUUUGGGAAGUCAGUACACACGGCUCCAGCACAUCACUAAGUGGACCACAGCAACUGUUACAUACCUGGCACAUAGCCAGUGCUGAGUAAGUAUUUGAGGAAGGAAUAAAUGAAUCAUUCAUCAAUAGGGGGACUGAUUAAAUAGCUCUGGCCAGUGUGGCUCAGUUGGUUGGGAAUCAUCCCAUGCACCAAAAGAUUGCUAGUUCCAUUUCGGUCAGGGCGCAUGCCUGGGUGGUAGGCUCCAGCCCUGGUAGGGGACAUGCUUGAGGCAGCUGAUCAACGUUUCUCUCUCACGUCAAUGUUUCUCUCUUUCUCCCCCUUCCUCUCUCUUUAAAAAUCAAUUUUAAAACAUUUAAAAAAAAAAAUAGCCUUGCUGGUGUUGUUCAGUGGUUGAGCGUUGACCUAUGAACCAGGAGGUCAUGGUUUAAUUCUCAGUCAAGGCACGUGCCCGGGUUGUGGGCUCCAUCCCCAGUAGGGGCCAUGCAGGAGGCAGCCGAUCAGUGAUUCUCUCUCAUCAUUGAUGUUUCUAUCUCUCCCUCUUCCUUCCUCUCUGAAAUCAAUAAAAAUAUUUUUUGACCCUAGUUGGUUUGGCUCAGUGGAUAGAGCGUCACGUGGGCCUGUGCCCUGAAGGGUCCUGGGUUCAAUUCCAGUCAAGGGCACAUGCCCGGGUUGCCGGCUCAAUCCCCAGUAGGGGGCGUGCAGGAGGCAGCUGAUGGAUGAUUCUCUCUCAUCACUGAUGUUUCUAUCUCUCUUUCCCUCUCCCUUCCUCUCUGAAAUCAAUAA